AUGUCAACAUUUCAACAUAAUCAAUUCAAUGGUUUUUCACCAAUACUUUUAUCACCAUCUUCAACAAGCAAUACAACAAUAACAAAUCAUAAUCAUAUACUUUUAUUUGAUAAUAGUGAUCAAGGUUCAGUUGAUUCUGAUUAUACAUCAUUAGGUAGUUCGAAAUUUUAUGGUAAUAGUGGUUCAUCAUCAUCACUUCAUCAUCAAGGACGUUCACAAUCAUUUGAUGAAUUAGCAUCAACAACAAUUACAACAACAACAAUACCAACAAGACAUUUUAAUGGUACAUUAAAUGUAAAUAAAUUAAAUAAUGAUCCAUUACAAUUUGUUAAAAUACAUCCAAAUCAUGAAUUAAUUGAACGUGCACAAGAACAAUUAACAUUAUUAGAAUCAAGAAAACGUUUACAAGAAAAUUUUAAAUUAAAUAAUAAUAAUAAUAAUGAUAUUAUUAAUAAUAUAAAAAUAAAUAAUUUAAAUGAUGAUGAUAAUACUGAUUGGUCAAAGGUAAUUAUUUUUAUCACCUUAGUUCAUAUUAAAAAAUGUCAUUUAGUAUAUGAUCUAUAA